ACACUCAAGCAUGCUCCAUAUUUCGGGAAGAAAGUGCAACUCGAGCAAAGAAUCGGUUUCAUUUGUAUUGGUGUGUAGUACUACUAUGUUGCAUUGCUGUCGUCUGCUCUGCCAUUGAUCAUGAGGUCUCUAUCCCGGUGCACAACUUUUGUUAACCUUGAUACUCUCGCAAUGCAGUCAUCAUGUUUUCGCACACAACUCUCUACAUAGCAAAAAUACACUGGAUCAGAUACGAGCUCUGGCACAGUGCUCCCUCCUCCACGCCCUCGGCCCCUCUUGCGCACAACAUGCUAAGUAUGCAGCAUUAACAAUUUGGAUCUCCACUGCAGAUUAUACGGGCUUCGUUCCUGUUGCUAUAAUCUUCCUCCUUUGCUACGUGGCACCCCUCUGUAUCUGUGGAUAACCCGUGCGCCGAUAGACGCAUCUGAAUCAGACGCGAUAGCUAUGCCAGCGAUCGCUGCCGCAGAUAUGACAAUAGUGCGUAGGUUGGCUUUUUAUGCACGACCAGUGUCAGGUACAGCCAAACCUUCCCAUGCGCUCGCAUCGCCGAAUGCUGGGCAGAACUGUGGAUUCAGUUCUACCGGAUUGGUUAUCUGCAUACAAGUAACAACAAGUAUACAACACAUCCGGUGGAGAAAAGUGCAAGCGAGUGAACUUCCAUAUUCAUGUGACACGAGGGGAUGUCCUCCGUCCUCCAGCAUGCACCGUCUUAUCUUAGGGAUGUCGGUUUUUUUGUCGGGUUUCAUGUUCGAGCUUACUAUCGGACCUAAAACACAUGUCCGCGCAGUCUCGGAUAUAUCAUACCCUGGAGUUCUUCCGGGUUCUACCACCCUGCGUGAUUCUGCAGGCACAACCGAUUUUGUCAGACCGGUUGGCGAAACUCCUGGGUUCUUCCGACAAGUGGCGGAUGCUCAGAAGUUGCACAGAUGCGAUCUCACUGCAUAAUUUUAUCCUGCCCCACCCCCCUCCCCCCCCACACACUUUUCAAGGAUACCCACCUACUCAGCCUCACCGCCCGC